AUGUAUUUAUCACCAUUAUGUAUACAUCCAGAUAACUUGCAAGUUCAAUGGGGCGUACAAGAUAAUUAUGAAAUAGUACGCAAGAUUGGUCGUGGUAAAUAUUCCGAAGUAUUUGAAGGGGUCAACGUUAUGAAUAAUGAAAAAUGUGUGAUUAAAGUUCUCAAACCCGUAAAGAAGAAAAAGAUUAAACGUGAAAUUAAAAUAUUACAAAAUUUGGCUGGUGGACCAAAUAUUAUUUCUCUUAUGGACGUCGUAAGAGAUCCCCAGGCUUUGGAUUAUUGUCAUUCAAAAGGUAUCAUGCACAGAGAUGUAAAACCACAUAAUGUUAUGAUUGAUCAUGAAAGACGCAAGUUGAGAUUAAUAGAUUGGGGCUUGGCUGAAUUUUAUCACCCUGGUACAGAAUACAAUGUUAGAGUGGCAUCUCGAUAUUUCAAAGGACCAGAAUUAUUAGUCGAUUUUCAAGAAUAUGAUUAUUCUCUUGAUAUGUGGAGUUUAGGAUGUAUGUUUGCUAGCAUGAUUUUCCGUAAAGAACCAUUUUUCCAUGGUCAUGAUAAUUAUGAUCAAUUAGUUAAAAUUGCAAGAGUACUCGGCACAGAUGAGCUAUUCGCCUAUCUUGACAAAUAUGAUAUAGAACUAGAUGCUCAAUAUGAUGAUAUCCUUGGAAGGUUAUUAUUAUAA